AUGAAAUAUGCGCAAACCGGUAGUAAGGGGAAGAGAAAACGAAUAUAUUUUUGGAAGCUGCAGGGACAACAACAGGAUCAAAGUAAUCCCAUUUUAUGUACGAAGCACAUAUCAAACAAACCUUUACAAUUUGAAAUUACAACACAGAAAACCAGCGGUCCAUUUUACUGCCAUAAGCCACUGAUCGCCAAUAGGCAAGUGCUCUCCCUUUCCAUGAAACCUUUCCAGACUGCUAUGCGUCGUUUCACCACUGCCCUACUAAGUUGGAUAACGGCAUACAGAAUAUUAACUAUAAGUCUCAUCAUCGGAUUUUUAUGCCCUUAUGCUGUAUUGAGUGUAGAUCCAAAAUUUGAUCCGUCUACUCGAAUGCGCUUAGUUUUAGUUCCAGCAGAUGCCCAAGUCGGUUCUGUGAUAUACAGACUUAGGGCCACAGACGAAGAAUUCGAUUAUCCGCUGACGUUUGAAUUUGUAGGCGAUGCAUCGUCGUCGACAGUCAAGAUUGAGUCACUUCCAUGCACAAAAUAUAAUUCCGUGUGCCAAGCUAAUGUGGUUUUACAGCGGCGGUUGGAACCUGGUCGAUAUUACGACUUCCAGGUAGCGGUAAAAGACGUUAAGGGCGGAAUGGCAACUCAAUUGUGUUCGAUAACAGCAACAAACUUUACAACACCGCACGAUCUUAUAUUUCCUCACAAGCCAGGCAUUAUUAUGAUUCCAGAGGAUGCUAAACGGGGUACAGAAUUAGAUUACGUCAUUGCUCGAAAGAAUCCGCUUUUUCAGAAGCCAGUAUACCUUGAGUUGUGGGGGUCGCCUUUAUUUGCCAUUCGACAGAAAAUUGUUUCCCCUGAAACUACAGAGGGAACUAUAUUUCUGUUGGGUCCGUUGGAUUUCGAAAAACAAGCAAUGUAUCAUUUAACCAUAUUGGCUAAUGACGCCUAUGCUGAACCUGGCCAAGAUAGCCGUAAUAUUGCCGGUAUGGAAAUUGUUGUUAUUAUACAAGACGUUCAGGACCAACCACCCGUAUUUACAAUGGCCCCACCAGUUACGAAGUUACCUACAGGUAUACUUCCUGGGGACAAGAUUCUUCAAGUUCAUGCAGAAGAUGGUGACAAAGGUAGCCCACGAGAUGUUCGUUAUGGUUUGGUUUCGGAAGGCAAUCCAUUUACAUCAUUUUUCGACAUAAAUGAUACUAGUGGAGAAAUAUUUCUAAUGCGACCACUUGAGGAUAUCGCUGCAAUCACGCAUGUGGGCGAUCCCGUCUUACUUACAGUAAUUGCCGAAGAGGUUAAGGUCGGUCGUGACGAACCUCCAGCUAUGGCUUCCACAGUUCAACUUGCAUUCUUUUUGCCGGAGCGUACCAAUUCACCGCCAUAUUUCGAGAACGAUCACUAUGUAUCUAGAGUCGACGAAAAUGCCCCUCAAGGUACCGCCCUUACAUUUGUCGAUCCGUACGUACCGCGUGUAUACGACGAUGACACCGGAAAGAAUGGAGUCUUUUCAUUGACAUUAUUAAAUAAUAAUGGAACUUUUGAAAUUUCCCCCAAUGUGGCUGAGAGAAGUGCAUCUUUUCUGAUCAGAGUGCGCGACAACAUUUUGCUGGAUUAUGAAGAGAGACAAACGGUCGAAUUUCAAAUUCUUGCACAGGAACUGGGACCUGCAACAAAUUUAUCGGCCACAGUCAACGUGACUAUAUAUUUGAAUGACGUCAAUGACAACCCUCCAGUAUUUUCUCAUCCAAUGUACACGGUUGAGUUGCCAGAAAACAUUACUGUUGGUACCAAAGUUAUCCAAGUCCAUGCCGACGAUGCAGACACAGGGAUGGGUGGUCGUGUGCGCUAUACAGCGAUCCUAGGAUAUCUUAAUACCUCACUGAAUUUGGAUGCCGAGACAGGACUUAUAACUGUGUCAACAAAUAAGCACGGUUUCGACAGAGAAAUCAUGCCGGAGUAUCAUCUGUAUGUUGAGGCACGAGAUAAUGAUGGUACGGGCAACAGAGCUCAGGUCCCGCUAGUCAUUAAGCUUCUGGACGUAAAUGAUGAGACACCGACUUUUGAAAAGGACGUUUACGAAUUUAUUUUGGCUCCGGAUUUAAAGAGCUUCACCUCCGCAGCAGUUAUACACGCGGUCGAUAAGGAUGCUACAGCGCCGAAUAAUGAAAUUCGAUACGAAAUAAUAAACGGCAACUACGACAAUAACUUCGAGCUGAAUGAGUUGACCGGCGAAUUGACAGUACGUGAAAAAAUUAAUUUCCGAGCAAAAAAAGAUACCAACCAAAGACAACGACGACAGGCUGCAACACCAUCUCCCCAGGACCAGAACAUGUUCAUUCUUACUGCCCGUGCAUAUGACCUGGGUAUACCGGUUCGCUCUAGCACCACCACUAUACGCAUCUAUCCACCAGAGAGUCGCACACGUGCUGUAACAUUCGUUGUACCCGGUAUAAAUCCUGAUAAAUUUAAGACGGAGGAAACUCUGUCCACUAUUACUGGCGGAAAGGUCAUAAUCCAUGAAAUAAGACCACUAAAGCCGGACGAACCCGGUGCCCAAAAUAUAGCAUCUGGAAAUCCUGACAUCAAAGACAGGAGUGUAGUCACUGCGACUGUACUCUAUGAUAGUUCCUCCAUAGUUGAUAUUUCUCAAAUUCAGCAACGCCUAUCGCAGCACAACAGUUCGUUUGCCAUAAUGACAGGCCGGGAAGUGGGAAUGAGUGAAACAGACACUUUGUACAAAGCUGAGAAUAAACUCCUUUUCUGGUUGUUAAUACUUCUGGCCACUUUGGUUGCACUUACUAUCCUUAUACUACUGUUAUGCUGCAUAUGCUCAUGGUGUCCACUAUAUGGAGCUACAAGCAAAAGAAUAGUUAAUAUCAGUAGAACUGAAGACGAUGUUCAUCUAGUACAUAGGGAAAUGGCAAACGGAAAGCAAACAAAAUCUGUUCAGGUCGCCGAAUGGAUGGGACGGCGCGAGGCCUGGUCCGCGGACAAACCGACAGAUCCUAGAACGAAGCCUACCCGUUGGGAAUUCCACAAUGGGCGCCAGCAGUAUGACGAAAACAUAGGUGCCAUUCAUGUCACGGACGUCGCUAAUGCUCGCAACCAUUCUGAGGAGACACGACGCAUACGUUCAGCUGACGAGAACCAGAGACGAGUUAAAAUAAAAAAUACACGUGCGGCCAAAGACGAUACUCACCUAAGUUUUCAUAAUUCUAGAACUAAUCUUAUUAAUGAUCGUGAUGUAUACAUAGAAGAUGUUAUUGAUGAACGUGAACUGGUUGAUGAUGAUCACAUACAUAUACGGCGCAGUAAAAUUAACCGUCAACACAAUAAACGUUACGACAGUGAGGAAAUGACGCAACACCAACAGCACAUUGACGAUGAUUCCAUGAGACGUCAUGAAAUUGAUCGUGGAAGUGACAUUGACUACAACACAGGGAGAAGUAGUCUAAGAAAUAAGCGCGAAUUCUUCAUAAAAGAUGGCAACAUCGAGAUCCUCCAACUAAUGACAAGAGAUAAGACACGAGAUGGGGCGGCAGCGGGCGACGAUGAUAAUUUAUAUGUGAAUGUUCCACCGAAAAAUGCUAAUUUGUCGCAACCGCAACUGUUGAUGGUCGACAAUAGCGGGAAGGAGAUUCUAAUGAGGCGUUUUAUAGAAGAACAACCAGAUGGCAAGCAAAUCAUUCGUGAACAUUACCAAAUUGUUCCAGGUGCUACGUAUAUACAAUCGAUGCCUAACGAAAUUCAGCAAAAUUCCACACUGAAAGGUGAUACCUUUCCGCUUGGCAAAUCGGGGCCGAAUAGCAUUGUUUAUUCGCAAACCGAACCAGAGGUUAAGGUUAUACACACCCAACCUGCCCAAGGUUCCAUUGCGACACUCCAUAUGGACGGGUUUCAGAGUCAAAUACAGCCCGCCAUGUCUAACCAGUCUUUGACUCAAGAGCUUGAGAAUUCACUGAAGCACCAAAAUGAACUUCUUCGACAAAUUCUCCUAGAAAAGGAAAAGAUUGAAACACGCUACGUCCAACACGAUAUAGCACUCGAGACACAAAGUCUGCCCGGGCAAUCGAUGGCUAUAGCAACUCAAACUGAAUGUGAAACCGGAACACAAACAGAGAUGAAUGACAAUUAUUUGCACAGAGGAUCAUUCGAUAUGCCAGGUCGAAAUACACGACGUAGAGCGCGCAGUGAAAAUGAUGAUUCCGCAUCCGAUGACGAUGAUUAUGAAUACAUUCGUCUGAGUUCUCCCAAUAGUCCAGAUGGGGUUGUGUACUGCAUAAAAAGAAAAAAACAACGACGACGUAAUAAAUACCGCAAUGGAAGCCAGCCCCGCAGACGGAUUGUAAUGGUCGAAGAAGUUAAGCGAAAAAUUAGAACUCCCAUUAAAGAAGAGGAUGACGAAGAGUAUUAUAAAGCUCGCAAGAAACCAACACCCAAAAAACCACCGCGCAAUAAUGGAGAAACAAAAGCAAGUAUCUUGCGGCGAAUGAAAAAUGAGGAGAACGCCAAUAAAAAAAAUUCCUCCCGCACAAAAAAAGAGGCCUUGAAUCGCGAUAUUCUUAUGGAAAUAUCCGAUUCGCUAGAUGAGAAAUACAGCUCUAGUGAACAACAGAAAAGUAGAAAAAUUCGUGUAGAACAGCUGGAAUAUUAUGAAAAUACCGAUAUAGACGAAUACUACGAAAAAAAUGAUGAGGAUGGGUUUUCGAACGAUUCGGAUGCCGGCGAGAUUGUAAUAAAAAGCAAUGACUAUUCAUCUCACCGUCACAAAUCUGAAAGAAGGAAAUCAUCUCCACAACAUGAACAUAGAUUUGAAAUUCAUGUAGGUGACAAUAAUAACCUAGAGAGCAAUGUCAAAUCGCAAAAACCCACAAAAUCCACAUCCGAACAGCACGGCGAUAGUCGACCAGAAGUAAAAACCAGACUUUCGCGAAGCGAUAGUUCUCGCGGUAGUACUAAUUCUCAGAAGCAACCCAACAAACGCAAACAAAAUAGUUAUGAACUACCAAAAAAUCGGGUGUCCUUAACAAAGUAUGAAACAAAUGGUGAGAGUGGAAUCAAAAUAUCAACUACCGAAAUAAGUGAUAGUCGUGUGACACAAAGUGAAAACGAUCUGCUAGAACAUGACGAACCCUCACAUAACAGACCGCGUGCUGGCAGCGUGCCGAAGUACAUGGAAUGGUAUUAUGACAAGAAGAAACCAUCAGUUAGUGGCCGUACAUCUACCGAAUCAUCUUUGAAAGGGGUCUUGCCAUCGGGUAAAAAAUCGACCGUACAGAACCCAGGCGAGAAGAAAGUGUCACGAACCCGUCUACAUAUAAAACACUCGGAAGCCAGCCAACAAGAAGAACCUAAAUUUAAGCCCGAACCAGCCCCACGAAAGUCACCACCCAAAGCAGCUCGCAUGCUUAAGGAAGACAUUGUGAAAAAUAAACAACUCCAACCUAGUGUCGAAACGGAAUCAAGUCAUCCCUUACUACAACAUUCCGAGCAUCGCUUUGAACGCGAAAAUGCUCCCGAAGUAUCUGUGCCACCAUCAAAAUUACCUCAUUACAUAUACCCUGAAACCCCGCCAACGUUUUCUUCGGCCAAGGAAACAAAUAUGAAACAUAUAAAACCCAAGCCCUCACCGAUCAAAGAAAAUGAAGUUAAAGUUAAUAAUGCUUCCAAAAUAAAUUUAUACAUCGAAGAUCCCAGUGCUACACAUCCAACCACAACAACAACAAAUUCUUCCUCCAAUUCAAUACACAAACAACUCAACGCCGCCACUCUCGAAGACGAUUUGGAUUCCGGCAUUGCAAUGAAUUCGCUUCUCAACAGCAUGGGACGUCGUAACCCCAUUGCCGAAAAGAAAAGCGUCUUCUCCAUAGCCUAUGAUGAAGUCAGCCGUGUUCAAAAAAUACCUUCAGGAGGCGAAUCCCCACCAUAUUGA